UUAGGACAGCCUCAUGCCCUUUAGACUACAAGUCCCAUCAUGCCAGAGUUGCUGUUUCCUGAGCCGACGUCCUACCGCCGUCCCACCUCGGAUCUCAGGCCCCCAAAAUGGCGAGCGGGGCUGCAGGAACGCGCUGAGCGGUGGAGGCGAACGUGCAGAGCCUCUGCGGCCCUCCUAGUCUGGAGCCCUGCCUUAGGGAACAUGCACUUUUCCAUUCCUGAAACCGAGUCCCGAAGCGGGGACAGCGGCGGCUCCGCCUACGUGGCCUAUAACAUUCACGUGAAUGGAGUCCUGCACUGUCGGGUGCGCUACAGUCAGCUCCUGGGGCUGCAUGAGCAGCUUCGGAAGGAGUAUGGGGCCAAUGUGCUUCCUGCAUUCCCCCCAAAGAAGCUUUUCUCUCUGACACCUGCAGAGGUAGAGCAGAGGAGAGAGCAGUUAGAAAAGUACAUGCAAGCUGUUCGGCAAGACCCAUUGCUUGGGAGCAGUGAGACCUUCAAUAGUUUCCUACGUCGGGCCCAACAGGAGACACAGCAGGUCCCCACAGAGGAGGUCUCCUUGGAAGUUCUGCUCAGUAAUGGACAGAAAGUUCUAGUCAAUGUGCUAACUUCAGAUCAGACUGAGGAUGUCCUGGAGGCUGUGGCUACAAAGCUGGAUCUUCCAGAUGACUUGAUUGGAUAUUUUAGUCUCUUCCUUGUUCGAGAAAAAGAGGAUGGAGCCUUUUCUUUUGUACGGAAGUUGCAAGAGUUUGAACUGCCUUAUGUAUCUGUUACCAGUCUUCGGAGUCAAGAGUAUAAGAUUGUUCUCAGGAAGAGUUAUUGGGACUCUGCCUAUGACGAUGAUGUCAUGGAGAACCGGGUUGGCCUGAACCUGCUUUACGCUCAGACCGUGUCAGAUAUUGAGCGUGGGUGGAUCCUGGUCACCAAAGAGCAACACCGACAGCUCAAAUCUCUGCAAGAGAAAGUCUCCAAAAAGGAGUUCCUGCGGCUGGCCCAAACUCUGCGGCAUUAUGGCUACCUUCGCUUCGAUGCCUGUGUGGCUGACUUCCCAGAGAAGGACUGUCCUGUGGUGGUCAGUGCAGGCAACAGUGAGCUAAGUCUACAGCUGCGCCUGCCUGGUCAGCAACUCCGGGAAGGCUCCUUCCGGGUUACUCGAAUGCGAUGCUGGCGGGUCACUUCCUCUGUGCCAUUGCCCAGUGGAGGCACGAGCAGUCCAAGCAGGGGCCGGGGUGAGGUACGCUUGGAACUGGCUUUUGAAUACCUCAUGAGCAAGGACCGGCUACAAUGGGUCACCAUCACCAGCCCCCAGGCUAUCAUGAUGAGCAUCUGUUUGCAGUCCAUGGUGGAUGAGCUGAUGGUGAAGAAAUCUGGGGGCAAUAUCAGGAAGAUGCUGCGUCGGCGGGUGGGGGGUGCCUUGAGACGUUCAGACAGCCAGCAAGCAGUGAAGUCCCCACCAUUGCUUGAGUCACCAGAUGCCAACCGGGAAUCCGUGGUCAAACUCUCAAGUAAGCUGAGUGCUGUGAGCUUGCGGGGAAUUGGCAGUCCCGGCACAGAUGCCAGUGCCAGUGAUGUCCACGGCAAUUUCGCCUUCGAGGGCAUUGGAGAUGAGGAUCUGUAAUCUCAACUGCUUGGAUAUCUGCCCUCUAUUCCAGAGAAAAUUCACACAAACUUGCCCCAUGCCUGUGCUCCCAAGCUAGGAGGAAGUCUUUUCCUUCUCCCUUCCUACUUCCCCUUUUUUUCCUCUUGGCUAGGGGCCUCUUAACCUACCUUCCCUUCCCCUCUGGGCUGGCUACACAAAGCAUCACUGUCUCUUUUUCAGAGUUGGCCCUUGAUGCCAAAUUAGCAUUUAGCAUUUUGCACAAAGUCUAAGAGACCAUGGCUACCUGCCUUGGGGAGGAACCACAGUUCCUCCUGGGCUGCUUCUGCAGGCUUCUUUGGGCCAGGCCAUGGGCAAAGGGAAGGGCAGAGGUCUGUGAAUGGUCUGACCAGCUCCCCAUCAUUAAACUCAGCUUGACUGAUGCCUA